AUGCAGCUCUCCUGUGCCCUCAUCCUCGCCGCGCUCACGGCCGGCUCCACCGCGCACUUCGUCCUCAAGGACCCGCCGCCCCGUGGCUUCUCGGAGGACCAGCUCGUCAACUUCCCAUGCGGUGGCCAGGCGCCGUCGCGCCAGCGCUACGACGUCUCGCUGGUUCGCCCGACGGUCAACAUCGCCCUCCAGAUGGGCCACGACCAGUCGGCCGUGCAGGUGCUGAUGGCACUGGGCACCGACCCCGGCUCCAACUUCAACAUCACCCUUAAGCCGACCUUCCGCCAGGUCGGUCUGGGUGAUUUCUGUAUACCCGGGAUCAGCCUCGACCGCGACGUGCUCGGCGUCGACCCCAUCGAGAACAUGAACGCGACCAUCCAGGUCGUGACCAACGGCGACCCCAAAGGCGGCCUGUACAACUGUGCCGACAUCUUCUUCUCGUCGCGCGCCAACCUACCCGACGCCGGCAAGUGCAAGAAUGGCACCGGCGUCAGCGCGCAGCUAUUCUCGGGCGCCGCGGCGCAGCGCAACGCCAACGUGUCGACGCCCAACGGCCAGGCACAGUCCGGCGGUGGCAGCAGCAGCAGCGGCACCAGCAGCGGCGCGCCCCGGCCCACGUCGUCGUCGAGCGCGGCGUCGCUGGACACGGCCGCGUGGGGCGUGAUGGGCGCCGUCGUGGCCGGUGGUUUGGCUCUGCUGUAA